GCUGGUUGCCUUGUGCACACAAAACGAAAUUUGGGUCCUCCAUCCUUUUCCCUUACCUUUACAAACUCAGACUUAAACAAGAAUGUCAAAUCCAAGCAGAACGUUAAACAUAAAAACAAACGUCGUGAAACGCAUUCUUAAGGAUGUUCACGUUGCUCACGUCGACAUUCAGGAUGCUAAGGAACGCUUACAGACUCGUAUUGACAAUGGAGAAGACGAACAUGAAAUUGAGCACCAGAAAUUUGUGUUGAAGCAGCAUCUUCGUGCUCUUCCAGAUGCUCUUAACCGCUUACAGCGGGCUGCAGAAGACCUUCAAUCCAUUGUUGAUAAUCCAGUUUAUGCGGAUUUACCGGAAUUGGAAACUGCUAAAUCAGUUCUUGCAACGGUUACUGAAGUCAUGGAAAACGAGCGAUCUACUGAUGCUCCUAAAAAUGGACACACUUGAAUUUCCCUGUCCUUUUAAGAAUACCAUUAUUAUGAAUCCAUCCUUUCUUUGUUCGUUUUUAUUCCUCUGCGGUUUGCUCUUCUUCUCAUAUAUUGUUUAGACUUCCUUUUCAAGUUUUCCUAUUAUCUGCAGGAGGUUCUGAAUUUAUAUGUACGACAGCUUUUUCGUAGAAUGAUCCCUUCACUAUAAAAAUACAUUACAGUUAUGUAGAAGUCAACGAAUACGUUCAACGCAAUAGGUAUCUAUAGUCUCACAUACAAAAAAUUCCGACCA